AAAAAAAACGCCAAACAGAACAUAAAAAACGUGCACAAAAUUAAAGAAAAUUUUCGGUGCUCCGAUUUUCUCCAAUUAUUACCGAUUUCCCAUAUAAAUAAACAUCAAGGGAUUUUGUUCUUGGUCAAAAUCGGAGCUCGAGUAUAUUAGCUAUAUUAGAUCCAUCAACUUGACCAACAAUUCAUUGGCAAAGUUUGUUUAAUUAUUAUUAUUAAAACAACUUGACAACAUGGCCAGAGGACAUCAAAAAAUUCAGUCACAGGCAAAAGCUGCUGAAAAAGCAGCUAAAUUGAAAAAAGCUGCUGGGCACAGUGCUAAUGAACAGAAAAAAGCUGCUCAAAAAGCUCUUGUACAUGCUUGUGUUAUUUGCAAAGCACAAAUGCCAGAUCCAAAAACUUACAAGCAACAUUUUGAAAAUAAACAUCCCAAGAGUGAAAUUCCUGAUGAUUUAAAAGAUGUAUGAAAAUAAUAUUUU